CAGAGGGAGAUAUAGAGAUGUCGGAACCAGCCACUAACCCCGCUGCCACCUCGUUCCCUGCGCCAACUAUUUCUCUACCUUUGGGACUGGAAGUACUGAGAACUUACUCUGGAGCUCUUGUCUGUGUAGAAAUAUUAUUUGGUGGUCUAGUAUGGAUCCUGGUGGCUUCCUCCAAUGUGCCCGUGCCUCUGCUGCAGGGCUGGGUGAUGUUUGUCUCCCUCACCACCUUCUGUCUCUCCACCGCCUACCUCACACUCCUCCUCACUGGCCUGGCUGACCGCAUCAACACUGACUGGAAUUCCUUGGAUGUGAUUUACCAUUUUGUCGCUGUGCUUUUCUACUUUGCUGCCUUUGUUUUGGAGGCAGCAACAACAGCAGCAAACGGAGGAGCUCAUGUCAAGCCCCUGCCUAACAGCACUGACACUGUCAUGUGUAUAACCUACCCUCGGGGCAAUAUAUUCACAGUCCUGAGUGACAGGCAAUACAGUAUUAAUGUGGCAGCCACGAUAUUUGCAUUUGUGGUGACACUAUGCUAUGGCUGCAGUCUGGUGAUGGGCUUCAAGAGGUGGAGGAUGUAACCUUGAAAACCAGCGUAAACUAGUUUUGUAACUGCUUCAUAACUUCAGCACGUAUUUAAACAUCAGCCACACUAUCCAGAGCUCGAGAGAGAGCACGGCUAUUGAGUUCAGUCCAGUACAAACUUUGUUAUUUCCUGUUGGGAAACAGCAAAGCUUUAGAUGAUAAAAUUUCUGCCUUAGUCAACACAUUUGUUAAGAUUUCUGGACAAUAUUAUUCCUACAGGUUUCAAACAGGUUCAGUCUGGGCUGUUUAAGUCAUUUUAAAUAAUAGCAGUCUACAUUGUUCACAUAACUUUAUAUAUGAACACUCUGAGGCAACACAGAGUGAUUUUGCAAGAUGCAAUUAAUGCUUGUGACAGUUAUGGUUUUGUUUUGCCACCCACUUUGUUAAUCAUACAAAUAUUUCCCCAUACUCUGUGUAACAUCCUCAUUGGAGGGAAUAUUUCCCAUUUCCAAUACCAAGAAAUAUGCCAAUGUAUGCUGCUAUAGGUUAGUAUGCACAGCUAAACAUUAAUGUGAUGCAAUUUCAUCGAAAGACCUUAAUAUUGCCCCAUUUCCUGAGUCACAUCCUCAUUGGAGGGAAUAUUUCCCAUUUUUAAUACCACAAAAAAUGCUUAUGCAUGCUGCUAAUCGGUUAUACACUACAGAACAGUAAUGUGAUAGUGCAGUUUGUUUGAAAGAGCCUUUAAGGCAACGUGAUGUUUUCACUGUCCUCCAGUAACCUUGGUGCUAAGAAGCUGUAAAAUCACUCUAUGUUGAAAGCUGGCGUGCUGAACUUUGUCUCCCCCCUCUGGCAGUGAGAGUAAUUACACAAACACUGUUGAAGUGUGCUUAUGAUGAAUGCCUGCAGGUGAACUUGAGCUUUUGUUUUUUACUUCAAAGGUUUUAUAAUUAACAGUUUUAUGUAGAUGAAGAGCUUUUGGAAAGGUGCAAAAUGAAAGUAUUGUUUUUCCUAAAAAAUAUAUUGUGAAUUAAUCAUUUUUUAAUUUUUGUGGGGCAAAUGGUCAGCUCAAUGUCUGCCCGGUUGCCAUGAGCUAACACUUACACCAAAAUUGCCCAUCUUUGUUGCUAAAUCUGUUAAUAACUCUUAGGUAAUGUUAGCUGUAGGACGCUAACAGUUUGCCCUGUAAAUCUGUGUGUGCAACAGACUCUGUCCCCGGUGUGGAGCUCACACUCCUGCAGCAGCAGUCUCCUAGCGGAUGUAGACACAGGGGGACCACAGAUGUUUCACAAUAAACAGAGCAAGAGCAGGACAGAUCAUAGAAUAAAGGUACUAUAUGCCAGCACAGAGUCACUCUCCACUCAACCAUGACACGUGCAGGCUGUGCAAUAAACAGGCAACUACUUAUGCUUCGAGCAACAGCACUGUGGUGAUAUUAAUGCAACAAAAGGGGGAAAGGGGAGUGUGACAUCUUGUAGCUAUUAGCUUCUUUAAUCCUUCCUCUGAAUGCCAAGCUACCUUUCUAGCUGGAGCAUCUACACGAGAAACUUCUCUCAAACGCUUCCUAUUUUCCUCCACGGUCCUAGCUAAUCUUUGAUCGCAAUAGUCUCUCCCCCCUUCCUGCCUAUUUAGCUCUGGCUGGUUGACGUAAAACGCAUCACUUGUGUGCUAGCACAAUAAAUUUGCCGCAGACAUUACAGACAAGGGCGGCAUGGUGGUUCGGUGGUUAGCACUGUCACCUCACUGUCACUUCACCGGGUACUCCGGCUUCCUUCCUUCCUUCCUUCCACAGUCCAAAGAAUGGCAUGAAUGGUUGUCUGUCUCUAUGUGUCAGCCGUGCAAUAGUCUGGCGACCUGUCCAGGGUGUACCCUGCUUGUCGCCCACUGAUAGCUGGGAUAGGCUCCAGCCUCCUCCCUCCAGCCCCGCGACCCUCAAGAGGAUAAGCGGCUACAAAAAUGGAUGGAUGGACAUUACAGACACCAGGUUUUCCCCGGUGGUGAUAGACUUAAUCAGCAAUGUGUGAACUCAUUUUUCAAAGGCUUGAAUGUAAGACAAGUUCUGCACUCCAGCUUCAACACAAAUGUUAUUACAUUUUAUAUGGCCACUAUUUAAAAUGUGAGUUAAUCUAAUAUUUGAAUUUCAAAGUUGUAAUCUUUUAUUGUGAGCAAUUUUUGUCAAAAUUUUAAAUAACUAUUUUUCACAAUAUUGUUGACUAAUGUUUCUCAGUGCUGUCCUAUGUGUCUGACUCCACUGACUUACUAAUAAAUAUCAUUUGACCAUUUAUUUGGUUAAAUAGAUUUGUCAUUUUAGUGACUUUUACUGCAAACUGAUCAUUUAAUCUGACCAUCAAUUUAAAAAAAAAUGCUUUUGUCAGCAACUACAUUUCAAACAGUGAUCUUUGUGUACUAAUGGAUCAUGUAUAGUACAGUAUGUUUGUAGUGUUUGACCCAUAUUGUAACUGUGAUAAUGAAUCAUAAAAUUACCCAAAUCAUUAACUAUCUUGCUACAUGAUUUAUUAGUUGUAUUUAAUAUAUACUCCUGUUUGCAUUAGGCUGUUAACUUUUAUUAAUUUAAAAAUUGUUUAAAUGAAGAAUUUUUGUUUUUUGGCACCUGCUGUUUUGUUCGUUUGUUUUUGUUGUUUUUUGUUUGUUUUUUGACAUUUAAAUGCAUUUUAGAACAACAGAAAUAAAGGUUUUGAAGAAAA